AUGGCAAAAACGAAAAAUAAUAAACUUGCUCAAUCGAGUUCGAAUUCAGUCGCUGCUGAUUCUGAAACUGAUAAGGCAAUUUCGCUGAGUAGUCAGGGCUACAUAAGGUUGAGAGUUCACGCUCGGCCAGGAGCCAAACAGAAUAUCGUAACAGAAAUACGAGAUGAUGAAAUUUGUAUUGCAAUCAAUGCCCCUCCAAGAGAAGGUCAAGCCAACGAAGAGUUGGUUUCAUAUGUACGUGAAGUCUUAGGUUUGCGAAACAAUGAACUGAGCUUUGAUAAGGGUGCAAAGUCGCGUAAUAAAGUUCUUCUUAUCACCUCAAAUAGAUUAAGCAUAGAGGAUGUGACCGAUAAACUCAAUGAAAUUAUUGGAAAAUAA